ACAGACGCGCGCAGCUGCGACGCUGUGGCUGUCCACCUGCUAGGCGCGAACGCGUGACAUGCCGACUGGAGCCCACCCGCGCAGCGCAGCUCCCUCGUUCUGUCGGUACGACGAGUCGUAGCCCGAGUUCCCGAACAGGUCAAGCUCUCAGCGGGACUGUUCCUCAGGUGUACGCACGAGACUUUAUCGCUGCCUGGGCAAUACACACGCGGACAAAUACUUGUAAUACUUGUAUGGGCUUGCGAAAGUGUCUUAUUCGUCAGUCGGGGAAUAUCAGACAGCUAAUAAUUUCUCAAAUGUGAUUAACAUUAGAAGCACUCCCUAAGCCACGAGAUAGUCGUUCAGUUGCUUUGACAGACAUGGAAUACAGUGGUCUCCGAUUUGUUACGCUGAUAAUUGCGACAAUCUUUAGCUGUCAAGGGGGCUGGAGCCUGCGGCUGGUGGAGGUGAGGAUCCCGAUGCACACGGUGCUGCACCAGAACGCGCGCCUCGAGUGCCACUACGACCUGGAGGGCGAGUCGCUCUACUCGGUCAAGUGGUACAAGGACGGCCGCGAGUUCUACCGCUUCGUGCCCAGGGACACGCCGCCGGCGCAGAUCUUCCAGCUGCCCGGAGUAGUCGUCGAUAUGAACAACUCGACGGCGAGCCAGGUGGAGCUGAAGGACGUGACGCUGAGCAGCUCCGGCCGCUACCGCUGCGAGGUCUCCGGGGAGGCGCCCUCCUUCCAGACCGUCUCCGAGCACGGCGACAUGAUCGUGGUCGCCCUGCCGGACGAAGGUCCUCGGAUCACGGGCGGACGACCCCGCUAUCAGGUGGGCGACACCGUCCGGGUCAACUGUACCUCGGGACGGUCCAAGCCGGCCGCGCAGCUCGCCUGGUUCAUCAACGGGGAGCAGGCGAACUCGACACUGCUACGAGGGCCAUACAUUCUGGUGUCGAGCGACAACUCUGUUCUGGACGGUGAAGACACGGGCCUGGAGACGUCGGUGCUGGGUCUGGAGUUCAAAGUGAGGCCGCGGCACUUCCGGCGCGGCGACAUGAAGCUCAAGUGCCUGGCGACGGUGGCGACCGUGUACUGGCGCACCAACGAGGAGAGCGUCGAGAGCGACCGCCUGCAGAAGGCGCCCGUGCUCGAGAGCAGAGCCACGCGGCCGCCCAGCGUGUCGCGCGCGGACAUGGUGCAAGAGAGAGAGAGCUAG